CCCAUACCUGUUUAUAGGGCUACUCCUCACAUUUUAAAAAUUUGAAGCCGUUUGUUUACGUGUAACGACUUUUAUACAUCCGGAUAAUGGAGUAAUACUUAAAAGAGUGAACAAUAUAUUUUAAAUUAAUAAACAAUAUAGGGGUGACUAAAAUAUUUCUUUGUAUUUGCAAGGAGUAAAAUUAGAAAAAAUGAAAUCCGCGCGCUCUAAACCACCGACAUCGGCUCGAAAGCCAAUCAGUCGAACCCGGUUCAACAACAAUAACAACAUGCAAUGCAAAGAUCCUGUGCAAGUUUAUUGUCGUUUGCGUCCAAUGCAAUUUCCAACAGACAUAUCUUGCAUGAAAGCCAUUUCAGAAUCAACAAUAGUAAUUACUCCUCCAGAGUCAGCGACAAACUUUCGCUCGACAACUUGCAAAGAAAUACAAACAACCUUUACCCGUGUCUUUCAUUCCGAUGUACCUCAGCGAGAAGUCUUUAAUAUAGUUGCCCUUCCUCUUGUCGAAAAUCUAAUUCAAGGCAGAAAUAGUUUACUCUUUACGUACGGAGUUACUGGAAGCGGGAAGACUUACACAAUGACAGGAGAACCACAAGAAAGUGGAAUAAUGCCUCGAUCUUUGGAUGUUAUUUUCAAUAGUAUUGCUAAUUAUCAGGCAAAAAAAUUCGUUUUUAAACCUGACAAACUCAACGGAUUUGACGUACAAAGCGAAACUGAUGCCAUGCUGGACAGGCAAAAUGAACUGCACGCGGGAUUGACGACUCCACGAAAUGGGAAGAUUAAAACACGUAAAGCCGAUAGUGAUAGUGACAGUAAUCCAAUGAUUUUUCGAUCCGCUGAAGAAUCUCAAAUAAUACAGGUGGAUCCUGAUAACGUUUACUCGGUUUUCGUUACAUAUGUGGAAAUUUACAAUAAUAGCGUAUACGAUCUAUUGGAAGAAGAUGAAGUUAGAGCAAAAACUCUACAAAGUAAAAUCGUCCGAGAAGAUGGCAAUAAAAACAUGUAUGUUCAUGCUGUGACUGAAGUUGAAGUAAAAAGUACAGAAGAAGCUUUCGAAGUUUUUCAAAGGGGACAACGAAGGCGGCGAGUCGCUCACACCGCACUUAAUGCCGAGUCAAGCAGAUCUCACAGUGUCUUCACUAUUAGACUUGUGCAGGCUCCUUUGGAUUGUGAAGGCGAGCAAGCGAUUCAAGACAAGCGCGUUGUUUGUAUAAGUCAGUUGUCAUUAGUAGAUUUAGCUGGAAGUGAGCGAACGAAUCGCACAAAAAAUACAGGACAACGUUUACGAGAAGCAGGAAACAUUAAUAAUUCCCUGAUGACUCUAAGAUCAUGUUUAGAGAUUUUACGAGAAAAUCAGACACAAAGUACAAGUAAAAUGGUACCAUAUCGUGAUUCAAAACUGACGCACCUUUUUAAAAAUUACUUUGAUGGAGAAGGGCAAGUCAGAAUGAUAGUGUGUGUUAGUCCAAGAGCAGACGAUUAUGACGAGACAAUACAAGUGAUGAAGUUUGCGGAAAUAACUCAGGAAGUUCAAGUUGCAAGAGCGCAAGUUACGAAAUUUGAUUUAGGCUUUACACCUGGCAGACGCCAAGCAAAUAAAUUAUUUAAAGAAGCGCGCAGUCGGUUAGAGAAGGAAGGAAAAGCAGAAGCAGCUGAUUUGGAAGUUGACUUAGGUCUUGUUUACAGUCUUGGAGGUUCUUUCCCGGAAUUGGAAGUUAAUAAUCCUCAUAAUGAUCAAAUUAUCACAGGCUUAAUGCACUUUCUGGAGCAGAGAAUUAAUAAGCGAAAUAUACUUCGUGCAGAUCUUCAACAAAAACAAACUGACUUCAGGAAACUUCUGUUAUCAAUGGAACAAGAAAAUAUGAGUUUAAAAGUGGAUAACGCGUCUAUAAAAGCCUCUCAUGCACAGCAAAAGAAAAAGGUUUCUGCUCUGGAAGGACAUUUGUGUAAAACAGAAACGCAGAUUGAUAGUUUACUUCGUAAAUUGAACAACGCCAAUGAUACGAUUAGAGGUUUACAACAGGAGUUGAGAGACAGAGAUAUGGCGCUUAAUCAACGAAUCAUUGAUAAACAGAGAGUAAAACAAAAAUACAACACGAAAUUUCAGCAAGAGAAGGAUCAUAUGACUAGAGAACUAGAAAUAAAGUUACGAGCACAGCGCGAGCAUCUUCAAAAUCAAAUGAAAGAAAAAGAAGAUAAAUUACGACUUGUGACGAAAAUUUUAGUUGACGAUAAUGGAUUGAGUUCAGCCAGAAGUGAACAAAAAGAUAUAAUUCCAGUUCUCCCAAGUGAAGCAGGAGAUGUUUUAUCUAUAAAAACUCCCGGUGGAAAAGACGUUCGAUCAAGAAGAGAUAAAUAUCCAGUUGCAAAUCCAAGAUAUCGAAGAUCUCAGAGUGCAGACAGGUGGGUGGAUCACCGACCUGGAGCUUUAGUUCCUGUCGACACGGUUCUUCAGCCUCUAAUGCGGAGAAGAAGAAGUAUAACAAAACUAACGAGUCCUAAAGAAAUAACAGAAGGCGCCUCUAAAUAUUGUCUUAUCGCUCAAAAUCAUGAUUCUGAAGGAGAACUUGAAACUAAGCUCUACAAAGGGGACAUUGUUCCAACAAGUGGUGGAGGAGCUCAAGUAGUUUUCAACGAUGUUGAAUGUCUAAAGCAAAUGUCUCCAACGGGCAACAGGAAACGCAGUGUACCUCCAACGUCUUCUCAGACAAAUACUCAAUCUAAUUCCGAACAGUGCUUUACUAUUGAGUCUAAUUCUAAGAAACCACGGGUGUAAACUUAUUUAUUAACCAGCUUUAGUACUGAUGAAUUUCUCAACGAUUUGUUCAAUCGUUUUUUAAAAUUUUUUAUAUUUUUUUAAUCAAGUCAAGAAGAAUAGGAUCUUAACUUCCGCAAGGAAAGUCGAUAUUAAUUAACUCUAGAAAAUAUUUAAUUAUAAAUUUUUCUUAAAUUAAGGAAAAAGUAAAAACUAAAUAAAUUCACUUUGAUGAAUUAAAAAGACCA